UCUGGAUCUUGAGGCAGGAAGAACUGGACCACACCUUCUGCUAGAAUCCUCUAUAAGGACAUAAAAGAAGGAAGCUGUUGCAAGCGCACCCAUUCCUUUCUUGGCAUUGGAGCCUUCUUCUUUCAGAUACCAGUGCAUACUGAUGACAAUCCAAGAUAUCCAGCCUUUGGACUGAGCCAUUACUGAAUUUUUGGACUUUCUGUUCACAGUCAGCAAUUGUUGGAUUAGCUGGACUGCAGCCUUCAGACCGUAGUCUCUCUCUCUCUCUCUCUCUCUCUCUCUCUCUCUCUCUCUCUCCCCCUCUUCCUCUCUCUCUCAACAUUUAUAUAAAUAUAAUCCAUAUACAGAUUAUAUAUCUAAAGAUAGGUACAUAGAUAAAGAUACAUAUAGAUGAAUAUAGAUACAUACAUAUAGAUAUAUAGACAUAGAGAUAUAAGCGAAUAUAUAUAGAGAUAGAUACAGAUAUAUAAAUGAAUAGGUAGGUAGGCAGAUGGAUGAUAGAUUCAUUCUAUAAAAUUUGCUACCCUAGAGAGCCCCAAUUAAAAUGGGGUGGAAGCCAAGGUCAAGAGCUGGAGAGGGUUAGGUUGGAGUUUGUCUUUGUUAGGGUUUUACUGCUGUGAACAGACACCAUGACCAAGGCAACUCUUGUAAAGGACAACAUUUAAUUGAGGCUGGCUUACAGGUUCAGAGGUUCAGUCCAUUAUCAUCAAGGCAGAAGCAUGGCAACACCCAGGCAGGCAUGGCACAAGAGGAGCCGAGAGGUCAACAUCUUGUUCCAAUGUCAAACAGAUGACUGAUUUCCAGGAAGUUAGGAAGAGGGUAUUAAAGCCCACACCCACAAUGGCACACUUAUUCUAACAAGGCCAUACCUACUCCAACAAGGCCACACCUUCAAGUAGUGUCACUCCCUGGGCCAAGCAUAUUCAACUGACCCCAGGGAUAGAGGAGAGAGGUGCUGAAGAGCCAGGACUGUGCUAUAGGUACUCACUGAGAGCCUGGUUGCCAGCAUCUGCUUUGAUAUGUUACAUAGGCUCCUCAGUUAGCCUUUUGUCUCAGGUUUCUUUGAGACCUAACAGUACUGUCAGUCCAUUCAAUGUUACAGUAAGAUGAUAUACUCUUACAAUAUGACUAUUAAAGAUGCUGUGAAUUACGAAUUAGAGAAACUAGUUCCUGAUUUUCUGCAAGUUAUUUGAACUUUCUGGAAUUCUAGUUCUCUUCUAAAAUCGGAUGUGGGCUCUGAGGAUACUCUUAGUUUUCCCGUAAUCUCUAUAUAGAGAAAAGUAUUGGGGCUGGGGAUUUAGCUCAGCGGUAGAGCGCUUACCUAGGAAGCGCAAGGCCCUGGGUUCGGUCCCCAGCUCCGAAAAAAAAGAACCAAAAAAAAAAAAAAAAAAAGAAAAGAAAAGUAUUUCCCGAGCCAUGUAUCAUAGUCUAAUGGACUCUCACUAGAAUGCACUGUACACAGGCUCAACUCCCCUCUGAUGUAUAAGUGUUGAUCCUGCCUUGCAGAUGCUUCGCAUUUUAGCACGGCAUAGCUUUAGGUCUGAUUGUCACUCCACUCAUUUUUGCUCACAUUUGAUGAGGCCAGAUUCACCCCAGGCAGCUAUGAAACUGGACACGGCUUAUUGAUCUGCGAGUGUUGAUUUCCAGAGCAAUCAAUGAACUACAGAAAUAUACUCAACUCAAAUCAAAUUCACAAACAAAAAGUGACGACUAUUAUCUGUUUUACUCUUUGUUUCCGAAUGAGGUCUACCAGAAGGUGUCCUAACAUGGUAUCAACUAAACAAAUGCUACAAGAAAGUCGCAGAUUAGCAAAGGACAGUUUUAGUUGGAGGAUGGGAGUGGCAACUAGGUCAGACUACAUUGAUGGAAACUGCCGUGUUCAUUUUGAAUUAGAGCCCCACAGCCACCUGACCGGAGCCUUUGUACCAGCAGGCAGCAGCAGAAGCAGCUGUUCUGUUAAACAGCCACACAUGGUGCAACUUGAAGGUCCUGCAAACUCCAGUGGAAUUUUCUGGUCUGACUUUAAGAUGUGAAAUCCUCGCCAUGGGAGAUUGGAAUUUACUGGGUGGCAUCCUAGAGGAAGUCCACUCCCACUCCACUAUAGUGGGGAAAAUCUGGCUGACUAUCCUCUUCAUCUUCCGAAUGCUGGUACUUGGUGUUGCUGCUGAGGAUGUCUGGGAUGACGAGCAGUCCUCCUUUGCCUGCAACACCCAGCAGCCUGGUUGCAGCAAUAUCUGUUAUGAUGAUGCUUUCCCUAUCUCUCUGAUCAGAUUCUGGGUUUUGCAGAUCAUCUUUGUGUCUUCCCCUUCUUUGGUGUAUAUGGGCCAUGCACUCUAUAGACUCAGGGACUUUGAGAAACAAAGGCAGAAGAAGAAGUUAUACCUCAAAGCCCAGAUGGAGAACCCAGAUCUUGACUUGGAGGAGCAACAAAGGGUUGAGAGGGAGCUGAGGAGACUCGAGGAGCAGAAGAGGAUUCAAAAAGUCCCUCUGAAAGGGUGUCUCCUGCGCACCUACGUCUUACACAUCUUGACCAGAUCUGUGCUAGAGGUAGGGUUCAUGAUAGGCCAAUAUAUUCUCUAUGGGUUCCAAAUGCACCCUAUUUACAAGUGCACACAAGCCCCUUGCCCCAACGCAGUGGACUGCUUUGUAUCCAGGCCCACAGAGAAGACCAUUUUCAUGCUCUUUAUGCACAGCAUUGCAGCCAUCUCCUUGUUACUCAAUAUUCUGGAGAUAUUUCAUCUCGGCAUCAGGAAGAUCAUGAGGGCACUCGAUGGCAAAUCCAGCAGUGGGAACACUGAGAAUGAAACAGGCCCUCCGUUCCAUUCAACCAACUACUCAGGGGCCCAGCAGUGUAUGGUUUGUUCUUCUUUACCUGAAAGAGUCUCACUACUUCAAGCCAACAAUAAACAGCAAGUCAUCCGUGUCAACAUACCAAGGUCUAAAAGCGUGUGGCAAAUUCCACAUCCCAGGCAACUUGAGGUAGAUGUUUCCUGUGGCAAAAGAGGCUGGGCUGAGAGAGUUGAGAACAGUGAACAGCUCCAUGUCCAUAGUCCAUGUCCACAUGAGCGCAGCGCCAGAAUUCAGCACCCGGGACAGCAACCAUGCCAUUCCAUCGUUUGCCCCAAGAAUGUAAUGUCUCAGUCCUGGUUAGGUACAAUGACAGCUUCUCAACACCGUCCAUCAUCUGCGUUAGAAACCUGGGAGCGAUCCCAGGGCCCAGAAGUUUCAGGGAAACCUCUCACAGAUCGCCAGAGUCACUUCCAAGGCAGCGAUGGCAGUGCAAGAGAGAGUGGGGUAUGGACAGACAGAUUAGGCCCAGGUAGUCGCAAGGCCAGCUUUCUAUCGAGGCUGAUAUCAGAAAAGGGACAACAGCAUAGUGACUCAGGAAGCUCGAGGUCUCUGAAUAGCUCCUGCUUGGAUUUUCCACAUGGGGAAAACAGCCCAUCACCUCUGCCAUCAGCCACUGGGCACAGAGCAUCGAUGGUAAGUAAAAGCAGCCAUGUUGAUUCACCCUCUGUCUCUUCUCCUUUUAUCAUAUGUGGGACAUAUGUAUAUGUGUAUUAAAAGAGA